AGGAGGGCGCUACGAGACGAACAAGCCUUCAAUUCGGCGGGCCGCCUCUGAUGGCGAUCCGUCUCUCUGACCGGUCGCCAGUGACCUCUGUGUCCCCUUCUUCCCGCAAUCCCUGGCCUCGCACCAACCCAAGGCCUCGCAGAUAAGCAUGACACCACGGCAGCGCACAUCAUCCAUGGUGGACCUCGACUGCUGCUGAAUCAGCUGGCCGGUAGCCGGAGCCUGGAGGUGGUCCUCGGAGUUUGCCAUGGCCGCGACGGCGAGGCUCCGGCGAGCUCGACCUCGCGGCGUGCUCGGGCUCGUGUCGGCGCUGCUCGUCUGCGGCGCUGCGGCGUACGCGCCGGAGGACAACUACCUCGUCAGCUGCGGCUCCUCGCUGGACACGCCCGUGGGCCGGAGGCUCUUCCUCGCCGACGACGGCGGCUCCGGCUCCGGCGCGGUCACCCUGACGUCCCCUCGCAGCGCCGCGGUGAAGGCCUCGCCGGACCUGGUGUCCGGCUUCCGCGACGCCGCGCUGUACCAGAACGCCAGGGUCUUCUCCGCGCCUUCAUCAUACUCGUUCGCCAUCAGGCGCCGCGGCCGGCACUUCCUCCGCCUCCACUUCUUCCCCUUCGUGUACCGGAGCUACGACCUCGCCGCCGCGGCCAGGGCGUUCAAGGUGUCCACGCAGGACGCCGUGCUGCUCGAGGACGGCGUCCCGGCGCCCGAGCCCGGCAACGCGUCGACGUCGUCGUCGCCCCAGCCGGCGCGCGUGGAGUUCCUCCUGGACGUCGCGCGCGACACGCUCGUGGUCUCGUUCGUGCCGCUCGUCGACGGGGGCAUCGCCUUCGUCAACGCCGUCGAGGUCGUCUCCGCGCCCGACGGCCUCGUCGCCGACGCCGCCGAGUCGUCGACGGGCCGGCCAGAGCCCAUCCCCGCCGCGCUGCCGCUGCAGACGGCCUACCGCCUCAACGUGGGCGGCCCGGCCGUCGCGCCCGACGACGACGCGCUCUGGCGAGAGUGGACCACCGACCUGCGAUUCCUCUCCCAUUCCGUGGCCGACGCGGUGACUCGGGAGGUCCGCUACAACGGGACGCUGAACCGCCUGCCCGGGCAAGCGACGGCGACCGACGCGCCGGACGUCGUCUACGCCACGGCGAGGGAGCUCGUGAUCAACAGCAGCUCAUUCGACGGGCAGAAACAGAUGGCGUGGCAGUUCGACGUCGACGCCAGCUCCAGCUACUUCAUCAGGUUCCACUUCUGCGACAUCGUCGGCAAGGCUCCCCACCAGCUCCACAUCAACGCCUACGUCGACGACGCCAGUCACGCCACCGUGCUGACGGACCUUGACCUCGCCGCCGUCGGCGAUGGUGCGCUGGCGUUCCCGUACUACAAGGACUUCGUGUUGCCUGCUAGCGAAGCCUCCGGGAAACUCGCCGUCCAUGUUGGCCCUCUGGCAAAUAAGAUCGUGAUGCCCGCUGCCAUCCUCAAUGGGAUUGAGAUCAUGAAGAUGCACCUGAGCGCCGGCUCCGUCGUCGUCGUCGAGCCGGCGGCGGGGGCAGCCAAGUCGCGUUUCGCCGUCCCUCUUGGCUCCGUGUGCGGAGCGCUCGCUUUCGUGUCCAUCGCCGUUGCUCUCGCCAUUGUCCUCAGGAAGAAGAGGAAGAAGGAGGGGGAGGAAGAGGAGGAAAGUGAUAAGAAGCAGCCGACGCCGACGCAGAGCCAGUCGUCCACGCCAUGGAUGCCACUCCUCGGCCGCCUCAGCGUUCGCGGCGCCAUUGCGUCAGGGUCGUCAAGCUUCACUACUGCCGGUAACAUUCCGGGAGCCAGCCCCAGGGCUGCCGCCGCGGUGAUGCCGAGCUACCGUUUCCCGCUCGCCGUGUUGCAAGACGCGACGCGCAACUUCGACGACAGCCUGAUCAUCGGAGAGGGAGGGUUCGGCAAGGUGUACGGCGCCGUGCUCCAGGACGGCACUAAGGUCGCCGUGAAGCGCGCGAGCCCGGAGUCGCGGCAGGGCGCGCGGGAGUUCCGCACGGAGAUCGAGCUGCUGUCCGGGCUGCGCCACCGCCACCUUGUGUCGCUCGUCGGAUACUGCGACGAGCGGGAGGAGAUGAUCCUGCUGUACGAGUACAUGGAGCGCGGCUCGCUGCGGAGCCGGCUGUACGGCCGCGGCGGCGCGGCGCCGCUGAGCUGGGCGCAGCGGCUGGAGGCGUGCGCCGGCGCGGCGAGGGGCCUCCUUUACCUGCACACGGCCGUGGACAAGCCGGUGAUCCACCGCGACGUCAAGUCGUCCAACAUCCUGCUGGACGGCGACCUCACGGGCAAGGUGGCCGACUUCGGGCUGUCCAAGGCCGGGCCGGUGCUGGACGAGACGCACGUCAGCACGGCGGUGAAGGGCAGCUUCGGGUACGUCGACCCGGAGUACUGCCGGACGAGGCAGCUGACGGCCAAGUCCGACGUGUACUCGCUGGGCGUCGUGCUGCUGGAGGCCGUCUGCGCGCGGCCCGUCGUCGACCCGAGGCUGCCGAAGCCCAUGUCGAACCUGGUGGAGUGGGGGCUGCACUGGCAGGGCAGGGGCGAGCUGGAGAAGAUCGUGGACCGGCGCAUCGCCGCCGCGGCGAGGCCGGCGGCGCUGAGGAAGUACGGCGAGACGGUGGCCAGGUGCCUGGCGGAGCGCGGCGCCGACCGGCCGGCCAUGGAGGACGUGGUGUGGAACCUGCAGUUCGUGAUGCGGCUGCAGGAGGGCGACGGCCUGGACUUCUCCGACGUGAGCAGCCUCAACAUGGUGACAGAGCUCACGCCGCCACCUCGCCGUCAGAGAAGCGCGGUUGAUAGCGACGGCCUGGACCUCUCCGACGUGAGCAGCCUCAACAUGGUUACAGAGCUCACGCCGCCACAAACCGGCAGCGUGGAGGGAGACGGCGUAGCCGACGACGAUUUCACCGAUGCAUCCAUGAGAGGGACCUUCUGGCAGAUGGUCAAUGUCCGCAGCAGAUGAACCCAUAUGGCCUUAUAUGAGAAGAUGAUGGUGUUUUUUGUACGUCCCUGAGGAGAGUGGAUGAUGGAAAAGAUUGUUUCCCUUCCCAUCUUUCAAAGGACAAAUACUACAAGCAUUUUCGACCAUGUAGCACGAUAAAGAUGAGAAAUUAAGCACAAGAAGAUUAUUUGAAACUGCAAAA